UGAUUGCAAGUGAACAGACAUACUGUUUUUUUUUUUCGUCUGGAUUUGUGUGAUAUUUUCAAUCGAAUUGAUAAUUUAAAAGUUCAAUUUGGAAAAGAGACAUCAACCGUCAAUUUUGAAAGUAUUUUUUUAAUUGUCUUUAAAUGGACGAAGAUACUUUUAUCAACAGUUCGGAUAUAGUGGAUUUUGGGUCCUACUUAAAGACAAUUGAUUGGUAUGAUCCAUGGCUUAUCCUACUAUUGAUUUCACAUGUGGUGAUAAUUAGUAUAACAGCAAUGACACGAAAGCACUCAUUAUUCCAAAUGAUUAUCUUUUUCGUAAUGUUGCUUGCAGUGUUUAUGUCAGAGAAGAUAAAUGAAGCCGCAAAGCAUUCGCGGCUAUUUUCGCGUCAACAAAUCGAUAACGACGGGCUAUUCAUAUCAACGGUAUUCUCAAUGCCAAUACUACUCAACUGUAUGCUAAUGAUUGUUAGCUGGCUGUACACCGCAACCGAUGUCAUGUCGACAAUGCGAACUGCACAACUAAAAGCCAAAAAUAACAGAAAUUCCAUUAACAACAACAACAAAAUCGACCAUAAAAAGCAACAAUAAAUAUUUUUCGCCGCAUUUUGAUAUAUAUUACUAUUAUUGUAAUUAUUGUUUGCAAAUGUGAUUUUAGACUAUUUACAUUAAUUUAUCAUCAAUUAUGUGAAUGGUUGAAAGGUAUGGGAUGUAUAGAAUAUAAAUAAUGUAAAAUGCGAAAAUUGGAAAAUUAUAAUGGAAAAAAAUGUUGAUGUGAAAAUGCCAUUUUUUAAAUGGCAAACUCGAGUGAGACGAAUAGAAAUAAGUGUGAAACAAAAAUUAAUCGAAAAAUAAAUAAAUCGCACGAAAUUUAAGUGAUUGACGAAAUUGAAACUAACGUAAAAUAGAAUAAAAGUCUUUUGUCAUU